AUGUGUCAACCUGCGCCUCGCGGCACACCAAUUUUCACAAUAUCAUACAACCUCGACACAGAUAUCCCUGACCUGGUGAAUGUGGGAUAUGGGCGUCCGCCUAUUCCAGCCAGCGUUGCUUCUGUAUAUCUCACGCGUAUUAGGGGCAUAGUGGCCUCAUUUUCCUCGAUUCAGUGGUUCUCCGCAUCCCGACCUGCCCGACCAUAUGGGUAUUUUACAAAUAAUGUCCGCUGGGUCCUCAUUAAGAUUAUAGCCCGAUGGAACUCCAAAAAAUGCGUCUCGCAUCUCAUGGCUCUUCCAUUUAUCCCCCUUCAACUCCUCGAAAUUAUUCGAGCAACUACUAUCAACAUGUUCUUCUGCGGUGAAGAGGACGAUAGUUUGGGAUUGGGCUUGAAUACUGCCGUCUUGAUAUACAGACAGGGCUUUCUCUUCCUAGAGGUCUUCGAGCGUUUCGAGUUCGAGUUGUUCCGCAGCGAUACGCUUGAAGCGAGGGCGAGGGCAGCGAAGAGGUGUCGGUGUAGCAUCGUGGAUCAAACCAUUCUAGGAAAGACUAUCGCGGGUAUAAGUAAAUACCUUGAGACACAAGAUAGCUAUGAAGCAGUCAUCUUUGUGAAUUGUCCGUGGGCAGUCCGCGAAUACAAUUCAUUUGACUGUACGUAUUUUAGACUCCUAUUAUUGUACACGGGUAGCAAACUUAAUUAUGGCUCGACUAAUUAUCAAAUAUGUGGCAUGGCGCACGCCCAGCAAGGCACGAAAGACCUCGCCGCUUGGGAGAAUCCUCUGAGAUGA